AUGACAUACAAGGGUGACAGGAUAACAAUAACGUUGAACAGUGUUGAGAGUACUGUAAUCGAGCGAAAUUCAUAUCCAGCUGCAGUACGCAAUGCCGUGCCAAAUAAUUCAAUAUCUUCAUCUCCGCCCUAUAUGAAACAUUUUAGUUUACUCUUUUUAACUUUACAAAAUGUUACUAGCAUAUUACUAUUACGUUAUGUACGUACAACACCAGGACCACGUUUUAUAAAUUCAACAGCUGUACUCAAUUCUGAAAUACAAAAAACAGUUUUAAGCAUUUUAUUAUUGAUAUAUGAACAAAAAAGUGUUGUCGGAAGUUUUAAAUUAUUAUAUCAUGCAGUCAUAUGUAACGCAAAAGAUACAUUAAAAACCGGCAUACCAGCAUUACUUUAUACAUUACAAAAUAAUCUUCUUUUCGUUUCAAUUUCGAAUUUAGAUGCCGCUACUUUUCAAGUUAGUUUUCAAUUAAAAAUUUUCACAACAGCUAUCUUUACCGUGUUUCUACUUCAUCGUCAAUUCAGUCUUGUUCAAUGGUUGGCAUUAUUUCUUCUUUUUUUUGGUAUAUCUCUUGUGCAAAUCGAAAACAUGACAUCAACAACACCAAAACAAGAUGUCAAUGCUAUAUUAGGAUUUAUUUCUGUUGUUAGCGCUUGUAUACUAAGUGGUUUAGCUGGUGUGUACUUUGAAAAAAUUCUCAAAGGUAGUGAUACAUCAGUAUGGAUCCGAAAUAUUCAAUUAGGAAUAUUCGGUAUGCUAUUUGGUUUCCUAACUGCAUAUAUGUCUGAUGGAACAGAAAUAAAAAAGAAAGGUUUUCUAUUUGGCUAUACAGAUUUAGUAUGGAUCGCAAUUACAAUUCAAUCAGCAGGCGGUCUUCUUGUUGCAUUAGUUGUUAAAUAUGCUGAUAAUAUAUGGAAAGGUUUUGCAACAUCAGCAGCUAUUAUCAUAUCAUGCAUUAUAAGUAUGGGUUUAUUUGAUUUUCAAUUAACCGUUCUGUUUGCUUUUGGCGCAAUAUUUGUUAUAUUUUCAAUAUUUCUUUACUCUAAACCAGAUUUAAUUAUGCAUAUGCCAGUAGUUAAUAUUAUUUUUAAAGAUAAAUCAGUUUUAUUUUAA